AAAAAAAUUACUGUACAUGAUUUUGAAUUGAAAGUGUCAUACUUAUUUCGACCCGUACUUUGAGAUUUGCUGCAAAAUUUCUGAGACCAUUAUGCUAAUUCAUUCUCUCCCACUCUCACUCUCCUCUAAUCCAAAUCAAAAAAGCUUUCUUUAGUCGUUGAAUUGCAAGGCGUAUGAUUAAAUUGUUGCGCCAAACUGCUGUGCGACUGCUAUGGAUGAACAAGAACAACCCAUCAUCUUCAUUCAUUUCAAAAGGGCAAGGGUUUUCAGCCCAAGCUGCUCUACAAAAUGGAGAUUACUACUCCAUAGAUUAUGCAAACCCAACACCUUCUUCCCCAUUUGAGGAGCUCAAUUCCCAUUUUUAUGGAAGUUCGAUUCAGGAAUGUUUAUUCAAUCACGACAUUAUCAAAGGUCAAGCUUUACAUAGUCAAAUUCUCAAGAAAGGUAAUUGUCUUGACCUUUUUGCCCGCAAUGUUUUGCUUAAUUUUUAUGUCAAAUCUGACCUUCUUCCUGAUGCAUGUAAACUGUUUGAUGAAAUGCCUGAGAGAAAUACCAUUUCAUUGGUUACUUUAAUUCAGGGGUUAGGUAAAGCUGGUCGCUUUACCGACGCUCUGGGGUUUUUCUCUGUGCUUCAUAGGGAUGGCCAUGAGUUGAAUCCCUUUGUAUUUACUACAGUUUUGAAAUUAUUUGUUAGUAUGGAACGGCCGGAAUUGGGUUGGAAUAUUCAUGCUUGUAUUUAUAAGCUUGGACAGGAUUGUAAUGCGUUUGUGGGUACUGCUCUUAUUGAUUCCUAUUCCAUGUGUGGGCUUGUGGAUAUCGCGAGGGACGUCUUUGAUGGGAUUUUAUACAAAGACAUGAUUUCUUGGAGUGGAAUGGUUGCUGGCUAUGUUGAGAAUGCUUGCUUUGAGGAGGCUUUGCAACUUUAUUUGGAGAUGCGGAUGGUGGGAUUCAUGCCCAACAAUUUUACUUUAGCUAGUGGGUUGAAGGCUUGCAUUGGUUUGGGGGCAGUGUGUUCCGCAAAGAGUAUUCAUGGGUGUACUUUAAAGACUGGGUUUGAGAAGGACAACUAUGUUGGCAUUGCUUUACUUGGCUUGUACACUAAAUUUGGCGACUUUAGUGAAGCUGAGUUAGUAUUUAAAGAUAUGCCAAAAAAGGAUGUGAUCCCGUGGAGCUUCAUGAUUACGCACUGUGCACAGACUGACCAGAGUGUUUUGGCUGUGGAUAUAUUUCAUCAGAUGAGGAAAGCUUUUGUCAUGCCUAAUGAGUAUACUCUUGCUAGUUUAUUGCAAGCUUGUGCAAGCAUGGCCAGUUUGAAUAUGGGGAAGCAAAUGCAUUGCAUUGUCAUGAAGGUUGGCCUUGAUUCUAAUGUAUUUGUCUCUAAUGCCCUUAUGGACGUUUAUGCAAAGUGUGAAAGGAUUGAGGACUCUUUGGUAUUGUUUGAGGCCUCGGCAAACAAAAAUGAUGUCACCUGGAACACUAUGAUUGUCGGCUAUGGCCAAUUAGGGGAUGGCGAGAGAGCAUUGAUAUUGUUUAGGGGUAUGCUUGAGCACAACGUGCUGCCAACUGAGGUUACGUAUUCUAGUACACUUCGUGCUUGUGCCAGCUUAGCGACAGUUGAUCCUGGAAUGCAGAUACAUGCUUUUACCAUUAAAACAAAAUUUGACAAAGAUAGUGUAGUCGGCAAUUCAUUAAUAGAUAUGUAUGCCAAGUGUGGAAACAUUAAGCCUGCUCGUUUAAUAUUUGAUACAAUGGGAAAGUGGGAUGAAGUUUCAUGGAAUACUAUUAUUUCAGCAUAUGCGAUGCAUGGCCUUGGAAAGGAGGCACUAAUAAUGUUUGAGAGGAUGCAGGGAACAGACUGUAAGCCAAACAAGCUAACUUUUGUUGGUGUUCUGUCAGCUUGCAGCAACAUGGGACUAUUAGAUGAGGGGCAAACUUAUUUCACCUCAAUGAUCAGUGAUUAUGGCAUAGAACCAUGCAUAGAGCAUUACACAUGUAUGGUUUGGCUUUUGGGGGGAUCAGGGAAUCUUGAUAAGGCUAUGGAACUGAUUAGGGAAGUGCCCUUUGAGCCUAGUAUCAUGAUAUGGCGUGCUGUUCUUGGAGCAUGUGUCAUACACAAGAAUGUUGAGCUUGGAAAAGUUGCUGCUGAACAUGUGCUUGAAAUGGAUCCACAAGACCAGACAGCUUAUGUAUUACUAUCAAACAUCUUUGCCUCGCUAAAGAGAUGGGGGCAUGUAGCUCAAGUCAGGAAAAGCAUGAAAAAUAAAGGAGUCAAGAAAGAACCAGGAUUAAGCUGGGUCGAGAUACAAGGUGAGACACAUUACUUCACUGUAGGUGAUGCAUCACAUCCUGAUAUCCGGUUAAUAAAGGGGAUGCUUGAAUGGUUGAGGAUGAAAGUCAACAGAGCAGGAUAUAUUGCUAAUUGCAAUGUGAUUCUGCUUGAUGUAGAAGAUGAAGAAAAAGAGCGCCUUGUGUGGUCACACAGUGAAAGACUAGCUUUGGCGUUUGCUUUAGUUAGGACGCCAUUGGGUAGUCCUGUGUGUAUACUUAAAAAUCUUCGAAUAUGUGCAGAUUGCCAUGCGGCAGUUAAGCUUAUAUCAAAGGUUGUUCAACGAGAAAUUGUCGUCCGAGAUAUAAAUCGGUUCCACCACUUUGAGGAUGGCAUCUGCUCCUGUGGUGAUUAUUGGUGAACUCUUGUAGAGCUACGAGUUUUAAACAUUACAUGUUUCAUCUUUUUCACCAGUCACACAAUUGAAAAGAAUCUGUAGCCUGAAAUUUUCUUUCAUUGAUGGAACAUCAUCUGGCCAUGUACAUCAGUUGAUAUGGAGUUAGAUCAAGCUGAUUUUAGAUGCUCGUCAAAAUUUUCAAGUCACCAGUAUGAUGAUGCAGCAGUGCCAUUCUUUUGAAGACGAGUCCAUCUUUCAUCCCAUGGGACUAAAGGUACGCUCUGAAGCUAUUUAAAAUGGGCAUAAAUAUGUGAAGGCAAUCAAUAUAGCUCCUUAGCAGCGUGUCUCUUGACUUUGGUGUCACUUGCUUUUCCCAAUAUCAAGAGACUACAGGUACUACUCUUAUCUCAGCUAAUUUGAACUUUUUAUGUCCAAGAUUUAGUUCAUUGAGUCAUCUAAUGGAUACUCUUUGUGUGCUGUCUAAAACUAAACAUCCUAUGCUCCUCCUUUUAAGUUUUAAUUUUUGCAUUCUAUGGUUUCUGGUAAGUCGUAUUUAAUAUCUAUUUUACUGAUUUUUUGUAGAUGUUUUCCCUAUAGUAUACCUUGUCCUCUUGCUAUUGUUUUAAAGUAAUUAAUUCCAGAAUAAAUAUCUAUCUUGAUUAUAAUGCAUUCUAUGGUUUCCUCUUCCCUCAAUUCUUACUUCUGUUUUAUACAAUCCAUCCAGGUCUUCCUUAGUCUACCUUGACUUCUUUUCAUAUAUACAUCAUCAAAUCAUCUCGUAAUGUUGGCAUUGGAUAUGUCUAUUUGACCUUGUAGUCUUUGCUAACUGUCAUUUCAGCAUACUUUAUGUAAUUUGUUUUGAUUAUUAGAAUGCAUACAAGUUUCCGUCAUAUCAGCAAGCAUGGCGACUGACAAGUAUGGAGUAGUGAUGAUGUAUUUCUAUGAAAUAUUGUUAUUUAACUUAAUCCAAUGUUCAUCACUGCCCCUAUAAAAACAUUUAUUGCAUCAUGGCUUUGUCAAACUUUCAACUCAUUAAGAUUUUCAUGAUCUCAUCAUACCCCGCCAGUGGUGGAAUGUGUAUUGAUCGUGUCAAUGUGAUUAACGGUGCAGAGUAAAUGCUUAAUGCAGGUUCAAAUUAGCACUCAAGUAUUGAAGGGGCAUUUUUAAGUAUUAACAUAGAAAUGGGUGGUGGUUCUGUUGGCUAAUACAUAUGAUGAUGUUAGCUUAUUUCUUGCCUUAAUUAAACAUUUAUUGUUGUUGGGAUGUAAUGAGCAAUAAUAAUGCAAGAAAUAACUAUACCAAUUUUACAUGGCUGGGGCCACAUGGAGAGUUUUUGAGGAAUUAAAGUCAUGUACAACUCAAGAGUCAAACCAUGAUUCAUUUACUGCUGUGGGAUGCCAAAAAAUUGCUUGUUAUUAUGAGUUUUGUUGUUUCGGGUUUUAGUUCAGAGAUUGUUGUUCAUAUAUAUAUAUGUAUAUUUUUUUUUAAAAUUAUUUUUCUUUCAGUACUAGUCUAUCUUUGAUUGCCUGGUUGCAUUUUGAUGCACUUGGUAUCUAUAUUUUCCAUUUAUACAUUUUCAUAGCUGCUUUUGGUUUCUAUAAAUGAAUUUAAUACCUUUGCAUACCUUAUCCUUUAUCAGAGCUAAGGAGCUCAAUUCUGGUGGGCUUGUUGGUAAUAAAAAUGGGAUAACUAAGACCUAUCUAAAGAUGUUUCAACCAGAGGUGAUUAUGAAUGGAUUCUGGAAGACGGGAAACGUUCCUUAAGGCAGAAUAUGUGGAACAAAAUUUCAACUCUUUGGGGAAGGAAUUCCACAUCAGAAUUGGACUACCUUUUGUAUGCAGCUUGUGCAUAAACAAGUUGCUGAAGCACUUGCAUCAGCUGCAGCUCUAGCACGUAGCCGAGUUAUGGCACCUUGCUUCGCAGAAUAGGAUAUAUGCUGAUUUGUCCUUGUGAAUCAUAAUCGAAUUAUUUUGGGAUAUUGUAUACUUCCACAUACAAGUAGUAGGUGUUAGAGGGGGACAUCAACCUUCCAUAUCUUGGUAGUAAAGUAAUAAGGUGGUGGCGGUAGGCAAGUAGGCAACUUUCCUAAGUUUUGCGUUGCCUGUAAAUAAGAUUGCAUUCAUUUUUGCAUUGUCCACUGCGUAAUGUUUGAUCAUUUGAGCUCUAUUCAUAUUCAACUGGUUUGUGAAAUGACACUUUUUAGUUGAAAAGCUGAGAUUGUCGAACGAAAUCAAUUGAGAUUCCAAUGCAACUUGUUUGAUGCGGCA